CAGGGCGGAGCCGCCGUAAGUGCAGACUUUGGGGCGUGUGGGGCUCCGCUGGGAGGCCUAAGACUGCCGAGCUGACUGGCGGAUAGGCUGGCAGGCGCGAGCAUGCGGUUCUGCGCCUUUCUGACGGCGGCGGCAGCGGCCCUAGCCACGGUGUGCGUCCUGGCUCAGCGAGCGCCUCCGUUUACGGAAGAUUGCAGAAAAUCAACCUAUCCCCCUUCUGGACCCACGUACAGGGGCCCAGUACCUUGGUAUACCAUCAAUCUUGACUUGCCCCCAUACAAGCGAUGGCAUGAAGUUAUCACAGACUUGACACCAGAGGUCCGUCAUAUUGUGAAGGAUUUGUUGGACAUGGUGAAUGCUUUCUUCCCUAGUGGAAAAGUUACGAAGAUGGUAGAUGAGCGCUUGCCUGCCAUGCUUGGCGUCCUUCCCUACCCAUUUGAAGAAGAAAUUAAAGGGAUUGCAGAUGUGUCCGGAAUUCCCCUAGGUGAGAUUAUUUCAUUCAACAUUUUCUAUGAACUCUUCACUUUCUGCACAUCCAUAAUAGCAGAAAAUAAGAAAGGUCAUUUGUUCCAUGUUAGAAAUAUGGAUUUUGGUAUCUUUCUUGGGUGGAACAUGAACAAUAAUUCCUGGACCGUGACAGAAAAUCUGAAGCCAUUAACAGUGAAUUUGGAUUUCCAGAGGAAUAAUCAAACCAUCUUCAAAGCUACAUCAUUUGCAGGCUACGUGGGCACAUUAACAGGCAUGAAGCCGGGUGUCUUCAGCCUGACCCUGAACGAACGCUUCAGCUCGAAUGGGGGCUACAUGGGCAUCCUGGAAUGGAUACUGGGCCAAAGAGACGAAAUGUGGAUAGGGUUCCUCACCCGAAGAGUGCUGGAGAAUGCCACCAGUUAUGAAGAUGCCAAGAACAUGCUGAUUAAGAACAAAAUCUUGGCCCCGGCCUACUUCAUUGUGGGAGGCAACAAGUCUGGCGAAGGCUGCGUCAUUACUCGGGGCAGGAAAGACACCCCAGAUGUCUAUGAGCUCAGGCCCAAGGAGGGCAGGUGGUUUCUGGUGCAGACCAAUUAUGACCGCUGGAAAAAUCCCUUCUUCCUGGACAACCGGCGGAAGCCCACGUUCAUGUGCUUAAACCAAACCACCCAGGAGAACAUCUCCUUGGCCUCCUCCUAUGACAUCCUGUCCACAAAGCCAAUUCUCAACAAGGUAAUGAGCCCUCGGGCCCCAGUGGGACCUCCUUCCCUGGGAUGGCCUGGGCUGCGGUGGGCUUGGUGGCACCCUUUUGGGGUGGUGGCGUCCCGAGGGUACUGCCUGCUGUGGUCUGGGACAAGCCGGACAGGAAUCAUCUCAAAUGGACCUUUGGUCGGGUGGUGACCCGUUGAGGCCAUUCCUGGGACUGGCGUGUGCCCCCAGGGGGGGUGGGCAGGGCUAGAGAUGCCGGGGUCCAUCCUGGACACCCCCCACAUUCUAAGGGCCGACUGCCCUGUUGUGGGGGCGUGAGGGAGCAGGCUCGCCCGAGCUGGGGUUCCACUUGGGGCACCAAUGGCAUUUCUUUCAGCUCACGGUCCACACCACCCUGAUCGACUUGCCCAAUGGUGUGUAUGAAACGUAUCUGCGGGAUUGCCCGGACCCUUGCAUCGGCUGGUGAGCAAACGGGUGUCUGGCCUGGAGCGGGAUCUCAGGCUCUUCUGCCCCACGGGGGAGCUCUGUGAAGGUGGGCACCCGGGCCCAGCUGCAGAAGACAGUGAGGACCCCAGGCUUGACCUGCAUCCCCCCUGAGCUUGUGCUGGUUGACAAUCCACGGAGUUUCCUUUAGCACUAACCUCUGUGAUUCUUUCUGAACUUGCGGGUAACUUAGGAACCAGAAGCAGCAGCCCCUCCUUUGGCACCCAAGUGGCUGGGUUUGCUCUUGGAUCAGGGACCUCUAGUGCCCCUCAGGGAGGGCAGAGGGGGUCCUGCAGGGCCAGACUGUCCGCCAGCCCCUGAGCACUCCAGGGACCAUGAGGGGAUGGCGGGCCCCUGAAUGGGAAGGUGGGACUCAGCUUCUCACCCAUCCAAGCAACCACGGACUUGUUUUUCUUCCUGUUACAAUAAACACGCUGCCUAACUA